UGGACCCCACCACACUUCUCAAAAGUCCAGCUAAACCCCUAUAUCUCUCUCUCCGCCACCUCCUCCACACUGCACCCUUUCUCCCUCUUUCUCUCGUCUUCCUCCACCACUUGUCCCUCCCCCACCACCUGCACCACCAGCAGCACCAAUAAUCUGUCCACCCAACCACCUCUUCCAUUACCCAAAAAAGAUCUUGUAAAAGAUCUCCUCAGUCUUCACUCUCUCUCUCUUCCCUGUUAUGCUCAUGGACUUCUGAUUCCCACCACCCACCUCUCAAAGCCCUCCUCGUCUCUUCCCGUCUUCGCCUUUUCUUCAAAACCCGUAAACAUGGAGAACUAUACCUAUAAUUCAUACCCAGAUUCCGGCCACUCUUCUCCUCGAUCCCGUGAAAUUGAGUUCGAGAACCCUACGCCGUGGGAGGACCAAUCCCAGCAGCAGGCUCAGGAUUGUAAAGCUAAGUUUAUGUGCAGCUAUGGUGGCAAGAUCCACCCUCGUCCUCAUGAUAAUCAGCUCUCAUAUAUUGGCGGCGAGACCAAAAUUCUCGCCGUUGAUCGGAAUAUCAAGUUCUCCAUCAUGAUCGGUAAGCUUGCUGCCCUUUGUGGAGAUACUGAUAUUUCUUUCAAGUAUCAGCUCCCAGGUGAAGAUCUUGAUGCUUUGAUUUCUGUUACUAAUGAUGAUGAUCUCGAACACAUGAUGCAUGAGUAUGAUCGUCUUUAUCGAGCUUCCGCUAAACCUGCUCGUAUGCGGCUUUUCUUAUUCCCGGUCAAUCCUUCUCCGGCAAGUUUUGGGUCUGAAGGAUCCAAAUCGGAAAGGGACCGUUUCGUUGAGGCCUUGAAUUCUGGUCCUAGUCACGUUCCUGAGACCAACAAACCGGCGCCGAAUAAUGUUGAUUUCUUGUUCGGGUUAGACAAGGGUGUUCCUCCGCCGCCGGCGCCGGUCAAAGUGCCUGAUUUACCAGAAACUUAUGUCGGGGUGGGUCACGAUGAUCGGGUUAUAGGAUCGGAUCCUUUGAACGUACAGACCCAGUUGCAGAGGAUGCAGAUUAGAGAACAGGAGCAGCAGACUAUGUAUAGGAAAAACAGUGAUGACAAUUUGGUGGGUGGUUACCCUGGCGAGUACUACGUUCAAAAAUUGCCUGAUAAACUUCCUCCGGCGACGUUGCCUGUUACAGUCAACCCAGCGGUGACUACUCCUGCUGGAUAUUGGCCUGAGAAACAGUUUACCAGUCAGGGAUACCAGCCGGCGGCGGUGACUGUAACUACCACACCGGCUCCACCGGAACAACAACAGGUUUACGUGCUACAAGGUCCAGCUCCGGGCACAGUUUAUCACACUCCAGUAAUGCGACCUGUCACCGGCCAAACAGGUCAACAAUAUUACAUGCCGAGGAUGGGAGGACCCGAUGUUUACCGGGAGCCACCGCCACCAGUGUACAAUAUGGUGCCACAACCGCAACAACCGCCACCUCCAAUAUCUGCAGCGCCGGGGCCCGUGGGGGUCGUGAGGCCAAGUGGGGCGGGAGUGGGGGUGACGGAUACUGGUUACGCAACAGUGGCGUAUGAUAGCGCACAUGGGAGGCAGGUGUACUACACUGCGCAGGGAGGUGUAAUGCAGGCACCUCCUCCGUACCAGGGGGUUGGUGGGGUGGCAGUUACCGGUGAAAUGAGACAUGUUGGUGGUGGUGGUGGCGCUCUGACUCAGGAUGGUAAGGUGUUGGUUUCAAAGGUUCCACAAUCUUCAGUGUGAUUAUGGUAAAUGAAACUAUAAAUAUAUAAUUACCCAUAUUUAGAUGUGCUUCUAAUUUAAGGUUAAUUAUGUGCGUUAAGUUCAAUAUUAUGUGACAAUUGUUGCUUUUUUUCCCCCUUGUAUACAGUGCUUGAGAUCAGAUAAGUCCAUCAUUAUUAGUUUUGUUUGACCUCUAA